CGGCCAUAAAGGGAUUGGAAAAAGCAGUUUUCAUUACCAGCAGAAAAAAAUAAAAAAAUUUAUUUAAAUUUUUUUAUUGGAAUUAUUAUUAUUUUAUAGUGUGUUGAAGCUAUAGAGCUAUGGCGGUGGGGCUCAGAGUCUUCUUCUAAUCUGUUGAGAGACUUCAUCGGAGACGGUGGUUUCCGGCAACUCUCUCUAGGGUUUCGGCGACUUAGAGAAGAGGCGUUUCGCGGCGGCGGAGUAGGUGGAGGUGGCGGUGGCCGCGGUGGUGGUUGUUGAUGGUUGUUGUUGCCGUUGGCGGUGGUGAAGAUAAAGAGAGGCGAAAGAUACAACCAUGAACGGCAAUGGAUUAAGCAGUAUGGAGUCGGAGUACAUUCGGAGGCACCACAGGCACGAGCCUGCUGAGAAUCAAUGCAGUUCUGCUCUUGUUAAGCACAUCAAAGCUCCUGUUCCUCUCGUUUGGUCUUUGGUGAGGAGAUUCGAUCAACCACAGAAGUACAAGCCAUUCAUCAGCAGGUGCGUUGUGCAGGGAAACCUUGAGAUAGGGAGUCUUAGAGAAGUUGAUGUCAAAUCAGGACUUCCAGCCACUACCAGCACUGAAAGGUUGGAGCUUCUUGAUGAUGACGAGCAUAUCCUCAGCAUGAGGAUUAUUGGUGGAGAUCACAGACUCAGGAACUACUCUUCUAUCAUUUCCCUCCAUCCAGAGAUCAUCGAUGGAAGACCCGGGACUAUGGUGAUCGAGUCGUACGUGGUGGAUGUGCCAGAGGGAAACACCAAGGACGAAACUUGCUACUUUGUUGAAGCCUUGAUCAAGUGCAAUCUCAAGUCACUUGCUGACGUCUCAGAGCGGCUUGCAGUGCAGGACCGUACUGAGCCCAUUGAUAGGAUGUGAAAGUGGGAAUGGGGAGUUGUUGUGGAAGGCUCUGAUCGCCAUGGAUGAAGCUUCCGAGGCUUUCGAUUCUCGGGGGUUUUGGAGACUGACUGGUGGUAGCCCUUCUUCCAUCUUCCAGAUACACUCAUUCUCUCUCUCUUUCCUUUUGUUUGCUAUGCUCUUUGUCUUCCUUUUAAAACUAUGCUGGUUUUCCUUGUCUUUGGUAGCUCAAGAACCACAGCUCUUAUAAAGGUUUCUUAAACCUGUUCAUGAAUAAAAAAAGCUAAAAAGAAGAAAAAAAAAGAAAAAAAGAAAGGUUAGGUUCUCUUUAUCUGUGGUUUUUCAGGGUUUUGUCAGUGGCGGUGUGUCAUGCUUUGUCGUUGUAUAUAUACGUGCUAGAAAGAGUUUAUGUUUGUAUAUGCGGUUGCAGUUGAUGAAGCAUGGAGGAGGAAAUGAAACUUUAUAGGCUUAGCUCUGAGUCAUGGUAGGGAAGCUUGUAAUUACUGUUUUAUCAGUUCUAUGAUUAUCUUAAUCUUAAGCUUGUUCUUUAGGUGCCAUGGGAUCCUAAUCCUGAAAUUCGAAAAAAGAGGGAAGUAAUCCUUUCGGAUUCUGGUCGGAGGAGCACCAUCAGAACUAUUAUAUGAAAAUUAGCCCCAUUUCCUACUCAUAAUUGCUUAUGCCAAUUUGUGGUUUUGCCCUGUUUUUGCUAAGCCACUCUGCAAUUUUGUCUCUCUACUUUCAAUGAAAUUUCUGAAAUUUGGUGA